CACCACUGACGAUCAAUCACUAAAGCACCAGCAGAUCGAGUUUGAGUUGUAGCAAAGCCUCAACAGUAUUGUUUCUGAAGUGAUCAUAAGGCACCAGCACUGCAAAAUCUAUGCCGAGCUCCGCUAUAACGUAGCUGAUGACUGCAGGAAUACAUCUAGGCAGGCAGCGUGGUCACUGCCAAGUGCAGUAUGACUGCAGGAAAGAACCGUCUUCGCUCAAUGGCCAACCGUAACGUGUCUCCCUUCCUCGGCUCCGGGAACGAAGUGAAUGUUACUGUUCUGAGACAGCGGUUUGGAUUUACUGCCACAGUCAGUGAUGGCUGCAGAUGCACUCGCAACAGCCGUCCUCCAGCAUGCUGAACACGGCACGUUCCCGCAGGAUGAAGCUAUCAUCUCCGCCCAGUUGAACUCGGACACACUUUCCGGCUUACUGCACGAGCUGAUCCAAGCUCGAACCAAUGCUCAGGAUGACUUACGGACGCUGAGCAAGGACACUGCGCCAGAUAUUGAUACCUGGAUUACCCGUGCGAAGGAUCUGCAAGCCGACAUUCAGCGGUCACGGGAGACGGCGAGGCAGAUAGUUGCCGAGCAUGAAGCGGGCAGGGAGCUGAGAGCGAAGGCGGAAGACACUAGGAGAAAGGUCCAACUGUUGGAGAAAGAGGUUACCUUUGAAGAGACUUUGGCGGGCACGCUCGAGCACAUUCGACAAGCCAAUGGUCUGCUUGACGACGUACGGGAGGAAGCUGUUCGCGGCGAUGUGAAGAAGGCACUCGAAUACCUGGAGGAGGCCGAGUCAAGCAUUGCUGGGUUGGAACCUUUGGGCGAUACGAAGGCCUACGGUCUGUUGCAACACCGAGCGAAGCAACUCAAAGAAAGCUCCCGUGAAACGGCUACAGAAUGCUGGAAUGCGCUUGUACAUGUCGAUGCCGAGCAGAGAUCAUUACGAAUUCAGAAUCACGGCCUGGAUGCUAAUAUACCGGGAGCAGCUGUGCCAGAGAUUAGCAUUGAUGUUGUUGUGCUCGCUGCAAAAGGGUUAGGUGUAUUUGAUGCCCUUUUGCAGAAGCUGAGCAAAGAUGUCGAGCGUAUAAUCAUCCGACCAAGAUUGAUAAUUCAUGAUGAAGAGCAAAUCGCGCGAGUGCGUGUAAAAGAUGAGGAGCUGUCUCUGUUUAUUAAACAGGACGAUAUGUCCAGUGUCGCUCUCUUCGAUGACUUGCAGACAGUCAUCGAUUUUCUUGCAGCCCGUCUGCCCCAAGAAGUCGCUCUGCCGUUGUCAGCGAUCUUAAUACCGUCGAUGACAGCCCAGUUGGAGGAACAUUGGCUCGAGCUUGCCGUGCCGUUAGACGUGGCGGAUAUGUCGGCAUUCCAAGACUUGCUUCAUUGCGUUGGACGACUCGCUGACCGUAUAGAAGGACACGGCUGGCACGGCUCGAAGGCGUUGCGAGACUGGGUGCACAAUGCGCCUAGAAUGUGGCUUAUGAAGCGAAGAGAGGCCGUGCUCGGUGGUGUCAGGAAUCUUGUCUUUACCGGACUGCGAGAGACGAAGGUAGUCGAACGUAUUGAGACGCAGACGUUGAGCAAGGAAGAUCACGAAGCUUUUGGUGGGUCAGCCAGUGCAGAGGGCAACGAUGAAUGGGACGAUGCAUGGGAGGAGACCGAGGAAGAAGCCAAGCCAGCAGAACAUGAAGCCAAGCCGGGAAUAACACCUGCUGAGGAUGAUGAUGGCAGCGCCUGGGAUACCGAAGACCUGGACGAGGAAGCCAAAAGCGGCAGUAACAGGGUUGGGGAAGAUAGUGAUGCAUGGGGAUGGGGCGAUGACGAACAGCAACCAACGCAAGCGCGGAAUAUGACACCAAAAGCGCCACCAGCAUCGGCUCAAAAGGUUAACGGCGACCCUCCACCGGAGCCGUCUGAACGCCAAAUCACGCUGCGAGAGCAUCUCACCGUUACUGCCAUUCCAGAUAGCCUGCUCUCGAUUCUCAAAGACAUCAUCUCGGAUGCGCAAACCCUCGCAGGACCCACCUAUACCUCCUCGCCUAUUGCGCCAGCCGCAACGGGUCUGUACACCUUACCAACACUCGCCCUCGCCAUCUACCGCGCCACAGCGCCGACGGCAUACGCCAAGCUCCCAACCGGCAAUUUACUCAUUUACAAUGAUGCCAUCCAUCUCGCCUCCUCACUGCGCGACUGGCAAGCGAGCCAACCUCCUGCCUCUCGCCUGCGCCUUGAUGCGGACGUAAAGAACCUGGAAACCUUCGCCAAACGGGCUUACGGCUCGGAGAUGGAAAGCCAGCGCGUCGUUCUCCGCGAUCUGCUGGACGGCGCGCAAGGUUUCAGUAACUGCACGAAGCCCCCCUUCAAGCAGGAAUGUGAAAGCGCGGUUGAACAAACCGUUGAUCGACUUCGGGAGGUGCACCGCCAGUGGAAAGGCAUCCUUUCCGACGGCGCGUUGCUGCAGAGUCUUGGCUCCCUCCUCGCAGCCGUUACCAGUAAGGCGAUAACCGAGAUUGAAGACCUCGGUGACAUAGGCGAGGAGGACAGUCACCAGCUCCGAAGAUUGAUGGACACUAUCUCCACUGCAAAAGACAUCUUCGUGCAGCAACGGGAAGGCGGCGAGUUCGCGGACAUGACAUUCAUCUACUGCCCGAACUGGUUGAAGUUCCAAUAUCUGGCUGAGAUUCUAGAAAGUAGUCUGGCGGAUAUUAAGUACCUUUGGAAGGACGGCGAGUUGAGUCUGGAGUUCGAAGCGGAGGAGGUGGUGGAGCUGAUUGAGGGGUUGUUUGCUGAAAGUGAUGUUCGGAGGAGGACCAUAACGGAGAUUAGACGAUCGAUCAGGCGGUAGUCACGGCAUUCUGGUACACCCUUUGCUGCGAUAACGCUAGGUUGAUAGGCCUGUGUCGUGAAAGCCACGCCCGUUCCAUUGAAUGCCGUUU